GCACCGCCGUUUUGUACUCCUCGUCGAAACUGGUUCAGUUCUUCAAUCAUUUUAUCUUGUUUAGUUCUUCCAAAUUCUGUUGAACAAAAUGGUUAAGAAGAAAGAAAAAUCAGUGAAUGUUUCUGGUAAACCGAAACAUUCGCUCGACGCUAACAGGGAUGGAGGCAAAACUAAAACCAGCGGUGGCGCUCGGAGCGCCGCCACUGUGCGGCGGCUCAAAAUGUACAAAAAUCGCCCGAUACGGAAUUCAAAGGGUACAAUCUUAAAGCAUGAUUUGCAGUCCAAGGAAUUGCCGUGUACACGAAUUAUGCCUGAUCGCCGUUGGUUUGGCAACACACGUGUAGUGAAUCAGAAAGAGCUUGAAUUUUUCCGCGAGGAGCUUUCAACUCGUCUUUCGAGUAACUACAAUGUGCUUUUGAAAGAAAGAAAGCUACCCAUGUCCCUCUUGAAUGAUCAUCAAAAGCAAGCAAGAGUUCAUCUCCUCGACACGGAGCCUUUCUCUGAUGCUUUUGGUCCUAAGACAAAAAGAAAGAGGCCGAAGCAGCUGGCAUCUGAUUAUGAAGCGUUAGUCAAGAAAGCUGAUGGUUCUCAGGAUGCUUUUGUAGAGAAACAUGGUGAUAGUACAUCUGAAGGAGGUGAAGAUGGGUUCAGAGAACUUGUACGGCAUACAAUGUUUGAUAAAGGUCAAAGUAAGCGCAUAUGGGGAGAGCUCUACAAAGUGAUUGACUCUUCAGAUGUUGUUGUCCAGGUUUUAGAUGCCAGAGAUCCACAAGGUACGAGAUGCUACCAUCUGGAGAAGCAUUUAAAGGAGCAUUGCAAACAUAAGCACAUGAUUCUUCUAUUAAACAAGUGUGAUUUGAUUCCAUCUUGGGCAACAAAGGGAUGGCUUAGAGUUCUAUCCAAGGAAUACCCUGCUCUUGCUUUUCAUGCAAACAUAAACAAAUCAUUCGGGAAGGGUUCUCUUCUCUCAGUAUUAAGACAAUUUUCGCGUUUGAAAAGUGACAAGCAAGCUAUAUCUGUGGGAUUCGUCGGAUAUCCCAAUGUUGGGAAAUCAUCAGUUAUCAAUACUUUGCGUACAAAGAAUGUUUGCAAGGUGGCACCUAUUCCCGGGGAAACUAAAGUGUGGCAAUACAUUACACUAACUAAGAAGAUCUUUCUGAUCGAUUGCCCUGGAGUCGUUUAUCACAACAGUGACACUGAAACCGAUGUUGUCUUGAAGGGCGUGGUACGUGUGACAAAUUUGCAUGAUGCCACUGAGCAUAUCGGUGAAGUUCUGAAACGUGUUAAAAAGAAGCAUCUCCUCAGAGCUUAUAAGAUUAGUGAAUGGGUGGAUGAAUAUGAUUUCCUACUUCAGCUGUGCAAAGCAUCAGGGAAACUCCUCAAGGGAGGUGAACCGGACUUAAUGACUGGUGCGAAGAUGAUUCUGCACGACUGGCAAAGAGGUAAGAUACCAUUUUUCGUGGAACCGCCAAAGCAAUUAGAGGAUGAAGAAAUUGAGGAUAAAGAAAAGACGGUGGAAGAUGAUAUGGCUGCUGCUGCUAGAAGAGCUAUUAAUAAUGUUAUUUCAUCCCAGAAGAUCGACGAUUUUCCGGUUCAAAAGGAUCUUUUCGAUGAAGACGAGUUGAAGGAGAGGAACCUUCCGGAAUCUGGCUCGGAACUUCCAGCUUAAAUUGUUUCUCUCACUUCCUAGAUUGUUUUUCUCUCUUAUAAAUUUUGCAUGCUGUUCAGACUGAUGCAUUUCACUAAGUUACGUUUUCCAUAAACUACUUGUAUUGUACCAAGUAUAUCGACUUUGUAUUGGAUCUCGUUGGAGAAAUUCGAAUCUUUGACUUUAUUUGUAGGUUUA